CACUUCUGUGAGGCUUUUUUUCCCAAAUCUUUCUGCUUUCACAUUCUGAAACACAAUAUAAUGGAAACAAAGAGAAAAGGUAAUGGCAUUACAAGAAAGUGUGCUUCUUUAGUCAAGAAACAACGUGCCCGUGUCUACAUCCUUCGUCGUUGUGCCACCAUGCUUCUUUGUUGGUACAUUCAUGGCGAUGAAUAGUGUUCUUCUUAUCCCUUUUUCCCAUCAACUCAUGUGGUUCCCUCUUUUCUUUUUCUUUUGGCAUAUACAUAUUAUUAAGUGCUAAUCUCAUCUUUUUAGCACCAACAGUUGCAUGGAAAGGCUGUUGGUCCUGUCACUGCAAAUUCCUUCUCAUCUACAUGUUCUUCUACUUUCUGGUUUUGUCUUUGUCCAUCUUCAUACCUCUUCAUUUGCCCUUCUCAACACUUACUUUUUAUCCAAAUGGUUUCCAUUUGGGUUUUUUGGGCAUCUGCAGCAGAGCAAAACAUGAGCUUUUGACACAAACCCAAGCGAAGCAAUCUAGCAGCUUUAAAACGCAGGUUCAACGACAACAUCUUCUGUGUAUGAACGUAUGUGUUAUGUAUGUUGAGACCUUUAGAGGGAUUUCCCUGCAGAAAAUAAAUGAUCUUUCCUUAUAAUGUAAUAAUGUAAAGCACUCUGAUGAACUCAAUAAGCUGGUGCUGGAAUAAAUAUGUUGAAGAGCAAUAAGAUUAUUGUAUUCAAACAUGUAAUGUAAUCCUUGGAAUGUUCUUCUUUCU